AUGUUUAGUGCCCACUAUAACCACUCUCUGGCUGCCAUGAGCCCUGACAUGGCCCACUCCCUGACCCUGGAGCAGAAGACCGCCUUCGCCUUCGUGGGAAUGCUGCUGGUGUUCCUGGCGCUCCUCAUCAUCAGGUGUUUCCGGAUCUUACUGGACCCUUACAGCAGUAUGCCCUCUUCCAACUGGUCGGACGGCAUAGAGGGGCUCGAGAAAGGGACGUUUGAAUACGCCCUAACCUAA